GAAAAAACCGCGGCGUAGCUGACGGUCAUGGACGUCUACGACAUCGCCUCGGCCGUCGGGCAGGAGUUCGAGCGGGUCAUCGACCAGCACGGCUGCGAGGCCAUCGCCCGCCUCAUGCCCAAGGUGGUGCGGGUGCUGGAGAUCCUGGAGGUGCUGGUGAGCCGCAACCACAUCAACCCCGAGAUGGAGGAGCUGCGCCUGGAGCUCGACCGCCUGCGCCUGGAGAGGAUGGACCGCAUCGAGAAGGAGCGCAAGCACCAGAAGGAAUUAGAACUGGUAGAGGAUGUCUGGAGAGGGGAAGCACAGGAUCUUCUUACUCAAAUUGCACAGCUGCAGGAGGAGAAUAAACAACUGAUGACAAACUUGUCUCACAAAGACAUUAAUUUCACUGAAGAGGAGUUUCAGAAGCAUGAAGGAAUGUCAGAAAGAGAGCGGCAAGUCAUGAAGAAGCUGAAGGAAGUGGUAGAUAAACAGAGGGAUGAAAUCAGGGCGAAGGACCGGGAACUUGGACUUAAAAACGAGGAUGUAGAGGCUCUUCAACAGCAACAGAACAGGUUAAUGAAAAUUAACCACGACCUGCGGCACCGGAUCACCGUUGUUGAGGCGCAGGGGAAGGCGCUGAUCGAGCAGAAGGUGGAGCUGGAAGCGUACUUGCAAACCAAGGAGCAGGAGAUGGGCAGCCUGCGAGCAGAGCUAGGGAAACUGAGAGAAAAACUGCAGGGUGAGGACAGCCAAAAUGGGGAAGAAAUAAAGACAGAACCAAACAACGAUGACUGCCUCUCAGAGUCAGAAAAGAUGGCAGUGGACUUAAAAGAUCCAAAUCGUCCAAGAUUCACCUUGCAGGAGCUCCGGGAUGUCCUUCAUGAGCGGAAUGAAUUGAAAUCUAAAGUGUUUUUACUUCAAGAGGAGCUUUUAUAUUACAAAAGUGAGGAAACAGAAGAAGAAACUAGAUCCCCUCAACCUACACCCAUAAUUCAAUCAAAAACCUCAACUCAGCCAGAGUCUGGAAUCAAACGACUUCCACAAAAGCUGAUGUGUCUGCCUGAUUUCUGCAGUUAACUGUGUGCCACGAUGCGUAAAAACAGAAGUUCUCGCUACUGCUAAUGACACAACAGUAUUUGCUUGUGUGGUUUUCUUUGAAUCUAAGAGCAGCAGUUAGAACAGCAAUGUUGGGGAGAGCUGCAUUUGGUCACAAGUGAAAUGUCUGUUUUGAUUGCAACUUAAUCUUUAACUGACAUUAGUCCACAGUUCAAAAAUAUAUUUGGCACAAGGGAGAACCUCUGAGGAGAAUCCUUAGAAAAACAGAGGGUGUUCCAGGUAUGGAUGAAGGUGCGUCGGCAGGCUUGUGUGGGGCUGGCUGUGCAUAGAGCACCCAGCCCGCGUGCUCUCUCAACCUCUAAGUUGCAUGAAUUGUACAACACGCAGUAAAAGUGCUGAACUCUUAUGAAGAAACAGCCUUGCUGCUAGCCAGCUAGAAAGAUUUUGUGUUUCUGCUGUAGUGUAGUUGCAAAGUUUCAAACAAGUAUUUAGCUGCCUGCAGUUGGCAUCUUUCUGCAUGUGAAGAAAUGCAGGUUCGUUUGGAAGAGAUACACAGGCCCUUUAACAAAGUAGCUUGCAGAGUGGGUCAUUUUGAGAUUUCAACUGUGUUACGGGUUUUUAAUUUGAAAUUAUAAAUUGUGACACUUGCAAAAUCUUUAACUGUAAUGCUGGUCAUGUCUAACCCUAUUUUCUGUGCAAAUAUCCAGCAGCUACUGCAGAGCCCUGUUUCAUAUUUCUUAACAUGCACCUUCAUCCUUCAUUUCAUUAUGUAUGUGCCUGUUUGUUUCUUGGGAAGAAAAAUGUGCACUCUGCUCUGCAUUGCUAGAGGUGGUGAAAUUGAUGAAAUUGAACCCAGAUUGCAGGCUGCCUCACAAUAGAAAAGUGGUAUCUUUUAGAAAUUCUAAAAUAAUGUAAACUGUUUCAAUGAGUGUUUUUUUGCUAAAUAAGAAUUUUUCACUGAGGAGCUGUCUUGGGUGAUGCAGAUCCACCUCGCUCUGUAACAUGUCCUGUGUGAUAAUUCAAAGUAACCCCAUGUAUCUUGUUUGCCUCUUUUCUUUUAAUGGAAUGCUUUUUCUUUCCCUUGCUCCAGUCUUAUCUCUUCUGUGUCUGUACUUUCCU